UUAUUGUAGUGUACGAAGUAGCAAACUGCUCUCCAAAAAUGGGAUUUUCCGGCAAACACCCCACAUGCACUCUCCUCCUCCUCCUCUCCCUCUCCCUCCUCUCCCUCCACACCCUCCUCCACCGCCCCCGCCUCCCCCUCCCCUCCCCCUCCGCCGCAUUCCUCUCCUCCGCCUCCAACUCCACCCUCUCCGCCUACCUCCGCCGCCUGACCCUCCGCCCCCACCUAGCCGGCACCCCCCUCUCCCUCCCCUCCGCCCUCCUCGUCCACUCCCACUUCCUCUCCCUCGGCCUCCCCACCCAAAUCACCAACUUCUCCGCCCUCCUCUCCUUCCCCUCCCUCUCCUCCCUCUCCGCCCACUUCCCCAACGCCUCCUCCGCCGCCGUCACCCUGGACGACGCCGCCGCCGCCCCCGGCGUCGUCCCGCCGUACCACGCCUACUCCCCCUCCGGCGCGGCCUACGGCGCCGCCGUGUUCCUGAACUACGGGAGGGAGCGGGACUACGCGGCCCUGGCGGCGCGGGGCGUGGAAGUGACGGGGUGCGUGGGGCUGGUGCGGCGCGGUGGCGGGAUGUCGCGGCACGAGGCGGUUGCGAAUGCCGCGGCGCGGGGGGUGGCGGCGGUGCUGAUGUACACGGAGGGGGGGUUUAGGGAGGGGGUGGAGAGGGGAACUGUGAUGAGGGGGGUGGGGGACCCGCUCAGCCCCGGCUGGGCCGGCGGGGAGAGGCUUCGGGUGGAUGAUCCCAGGGUGGCGGGGAGGUUCCCCGCUAUUCCCUCGAUGCCCGUGUCGGAGGCGGCGGCGGAGGGGAUCUUGGCCACGCUGGACACGGAGAGGAUGCCCCAUGACUGGAGGGAGAGUUUUCAGAGUGGAGAUAGGAGAUUUUGGGGUGUGGGGCCCGGCCCGACCAUGCUCAAUUUUACUUACCAGGGUGAGCAAGUGAUGUCGACCAUCCACAACGUAUUUGCGGUGAUAAAGGGCUCGGAGGAAGCUGAUCGAUACGUGCUCCUAGGCAACCAUCGAGAUGCAUGGACUUACGGUGCUGUUGACCCUAACAGUGGCACUGCUGCCCUCCUUGACAUUGCUCGUCGUUUCGCUCUUCUCAUGCGAUCAGGCUGGCGUCCUAGACGAACCAUCGUUCUUUGCAGCUGGGAUGCCGAAGAAUUUGGGAUGAUUGGAUCUACUGAGUGGGUAGAGCAAAACCUUCUGAAUCUCGGGUCGAAAGCGGUGGCCUAUUUCAACGUGGACUGCGCGGUGCAAGGGCCUGGUUUGUUCGUUAGUGCUACUCCUCAGCUUGAUGAUCUUCUCGUUGAGAUCACGAAACAGUUGUUAUGCCUGAAACAGGUUAAAGAUCCGGAUUCAGAGAACGCGUAUGUAUACGAACAAUGGGCAGCUGCCAACGGAGGUGUUAAUAAGAUUCAGAGACUGAGCAGAGUCGAUUCAGAUUUCGCUCCGUUUUUGCAGCACGCUGGAAUUGCUUCUAUUGAUCUGUAUUUUGGAAUAGACUUUCCGGUUUAUCACACAGCAUUCGACUCGUACGAUUGGAUGGUGAAUUUCGGAGAUCCCUUGUUUCAUCGCCACGUGACAGUGACCGGAAUAUGGGGGCUCGUCGCUCUUCGACUGGCUGAUGAUCCGAUCCUGCCUUUCAACUACCUUUCUUAUGCUGCUGAAUUGCAGGAGUAUAAAAAUGCCCUCAACGCUUUGGUGGGAGAAUCCAUCUCUCUGGAUCCUCUCACUGCAGCUGUCGAAGACUUCACAACGGCCGCGUACGAAGCAGAUGGCGAAAUCAAGAAAGUGAGGGCGGACGAAAGCACGAAUGGGCAGACGCUACUGAGGAGGCGCAUGUUGAAUGAUCGUCUCAUGCUCACCGAACGAGGCUUCCUAGACCCGGAGGGGCUCCUGGGAAGGGAAUGGUUCAAGCACCUGAUUUAUGGGCCUCGUGGGGAUUCGGAGAGGGAAAAUGAGUUCUUUCCCGGGGUAACAGAUGGAAAACGGAAGGGGGGAGACGAGCAGGCGAAGAUUAGGCACGAGAUAUGGAGGGUGUCAAGGGCCAUCGAGAGAGCAGCCUCUGCUUUGAGAGGUGGACUCACAUAAAAAUGGUGAUAUGAAAUGGAACAGUAUAUCUAUCUAUCUAUCUCCUUUGCUCUUGUGAUUUUACAGAGGAAGUAUGCCCGCAGGGGCGUAGCGCAGUUGGCAACGGAGGGGCAGAUCUUGCUGCAAUAUAGAGGAAGUAAUUAUGCUGUAUUGUUGCAUCCUGCAUCAUCUGUUGCUGCCUAUCAAGUGUGUAAAUAUAGUGUGUUUUUUUGCUCCCUUAAAAGUCAAUUUUUAGUUUUA